AUGGACACUCCACCAGAAAAGGACUGGAUUCAGCUGGACAGUGGUCAGGCCCGCAGCGGACUUGGCCUCGUGUCAUCCAGAACUUCUGAAAGGCUCAAUCAAGUUGACCGGAUUCGCGCCAACGGGGUUGGGGACCACAUCGCGCUACCUCAGCUAGUUGUCUGUGGCGAUCAAUCGGCGGGCAAAAGCUCUGUUUUGGAAGGAAUAAGUGGAAUCCCUUUUCCUCGCCAGGACGGAGUUUGUACUCGGUUUGCUACAGAAAUCAUCCUUCGUCACGAGCCAAAACAUCGUCAAAACACCGCCACCAUCAUCCCUCAUCUUUCCCGCACCGAAGAUGAAAGGGCAAGGUUGAGCGCCUUCCGCCGCGAGGUCAGCGACCUCGCGCAUUUGCCCGGCAUUAUCGCUGAGGCUGCAAGACUGAUGGGCGUACAAGGGGCGAAUGACUUAGCUGAUGCGCCGGCUUUUGCCGCUGAUGUACUUCGCUUGGAGAUUGUCGGGGAUACUGGCUUGCAUCUGACCCUUGUUGACCUGCCUGGGCUGAUUUCUGUCUCUGAAAAUGAGGACGACGUGCAGCUUGUGGGCGAUCUGGUGAACGCAUAUUUGGAGAACUCGCGGUCUAUCAUCCUUGCCGUGGUCCCCGCAAGCAGCGAUGUGGAUACACAGAGUAUCAUCCAACGUGCUCGUCGUUUCGACAAGGAUGGGUUCCGCACUGUUGGGAUAAUUACCAAACCUGAUCUCAUCAAUGACGGCACCGAAGGACGUAUUGCAAAACUGGCCAACAAUGCUGACAGGACGAAACUGAAACUUGGGUUCUUCCUUGUCAAGAAUCCUCGGCCGAGUGAUUUGGAGAAGGGCGUGACUAUGGCUGAGCGUCGGAAGAUGGAGGCGGAAUUUUUCGCGCAUCCACCUUGGAACAAGCUUGGACUCGAUCCUUCACGUGUCGGCAUAGACAAUCUUCGAAGCUUCAUGCAAGACCUCCUUGAUCGACAUAUUGAACGCGAGUUACCGAAGGUUCGAAAAGAUGUGGCUCAGUUGCUGAAUGAGAUCAACAAGGAACUCAUGGACCUCGGGACUCCGCGCACUUCGCCUGCGCAGAUACGUAUGUACCUCACUCGCGUCGCGACAGACUUCCAGAAUCUCGUGAAAGCUGGAGUUGAAGGGAUAUAUGGUAACCGAGACGGCUUUUUCCAUGAAAUCGAUGAUGAGAGCGACUGUCACCGUCUUAGGGCCGCCAUCCACGCGGAGAAUGCGAAGUUUGCCAACUACAUGAGACAACAUGGACAGAAACGCAAAGUUGUUUCGGCUGAGCAUCAAGAAGAGACGGAUACGGAGACCGGCCAGAUCUUGGUGACCAAAGAGCAAAUGUCGGCGUGGAUCAAGAAGAUAUAUGACCGCACCCGUGGCCGAGAGCUGCCCGGCAAUUAUAAUCAUGCCUUGCUCAGUGAACUAUUCCAUGAGCAGUCAUCUCGCUGGGGUGAUAUUGCUCGCGACCAUGUCAAUGCGAUCACAGAUCUGGUGUCUCGGUUCAUUCAGUCUGCGUCUGCAUUUGUGAUAAAAGAUACUAAUGCACUGGAAACCAUUUCCCCAAUUAUCACCGCCAAAUUGGAUGGCAAUGCGGAGGACGCCUUCCGUGAACUGAGCAAGUUGCUAGAUGACGAGGCUGGUUGUCCUAUCACAUACAACCAUUAUUAUACGGACAAUGUCCAAAGGGCGCGUAACAACCGUUCGAGGCAAGAUCUUGGCACGUCGCUCAAUAACGCAAUUACCGAAGACUGGAAUGGUCGCUUUCACGUAAGCAACUCGUCUGAUGAGAUCGGUCGGCUGGUGGCGUCUCUCCAGAGCCAUCACAUCAUCGUUGAUAUGGAAGAGCGGGCAUGCUGCGAGGCGCAAAUUGACUUGGAAGCCUACUACAAGGUUGCUAUGAAGACUUUUGUGGACAAUGUUUGUCGCCAAGUUAUCGAGAGACAUAUUCUCACGAACCUUCCAACUGUAUUCAAUCCGAUGACUGUCAGUAGCUUUUCAGAUGACGAUCUUGUCCGCUUGGCUGCCGAGUCACCUAGGAUCAGUAAGCGCCGGGUGGAGGCUACUCAAUUGCAGGAGGCAUUGAUGGACAGCCUCCGUGAAUUGCGUUGA